AUGGCCACAGAGAUGAUGUGUCCAACGCUACAAGUAUCGACAACAAGUUCUACUACGACGACAUCGACUACAACAAAUUUUCCAUCAGAGUUCAAUGUGAAUUUGGUUAAAAAUGGUGACGGUGAAACGGGUUCCUGUGAAACGAGCAAUGGAAUAAAAAGACCCACCAGUUGGAACUAUAACGGAGAAGUUACACAAGUCGCGUACAAUAAUCCCAAACAUGGACCCAUGUCACUAUCGAGUCCUGGACCCAGGAAUCGUGGUAAUUGUUAUUUUUUCGGCCAAAUUUCAUCAUCAACUACUAUGUGGCAAACUAUCUAUUUGAAUAAUACAGUUGCUGCUGUACUGAUUGAUUCACUCACAGUCAACUUUCGUCUCUCUGCAUGGAUCGGAGGUUGGGAAGACCAAAAUGAUAAUGCCAAAAUUUCGUUAACUUUCCUGAAUCAAUUCUCUCAACAGGUGGGCUAUGUCACCAACAUUGGACCAGUCUCUGCCAGUGAUCGUAACUAUAUAUCGAUGAUGCUCUAUCGGGAGGCUGGAGGAGUUGUUCCAAUUGGAGCUCGUGUAGCAAAAGUCUUGGUCACAUUUACUCGCACUGCUCAGAAAUCUAAUGACGGCAGUGUCGACAACAUUGCUUUAGUCUUACAUCAAUGA